GAAAAUAUGAACCUUACAAAAAUUAUCCAAAAUUGAUAACAAAAAUGGCACCAUUAUCUCUACCAUCGACCUCCACAUUUCCAUGCACAAAACUUGAGAGACCAAUCUUGAAAUUCACCAACUCUAUUUCAUCCUUCAAUUUCGUUACUAAAUGCCAAUCAUCAUCCAAACUUGACAUCGGUUCACCCAUUGUAAUUGUUGAAGCUCCCCAAGCGGUCAAAACGGCGGCGUCCAUACCAUGCCUUAUAGUAAACUCUGGACUAGUCAAGCCUGGGGAUGUAGGGAGAAUUGUGUCAAGAAAGCCUAAAGAUGUGUGGGCAGUUCGUCUCAGCAUUGGAACAUAUCUUAUUGAUGCCAAAUAUUUCAAGCCCCUCGAACUUCCUCAAUGAUUCAAUUUUGUCCAAAUGUUGUCCACAUGGUUAUAUUCAAGUAUAUAUAACCAUAUUUACGAUUUUCUUCUUCAAGAUCAAUAAAUUCCUAUAACUUAGUUUUUA